GGGAGUCGACCUCUCCCACUCUGUCCCAGAAACUCCCCACGCACUUGACAGCAGGAAAGUAACUCCUCCCACAGCCCAGAGUGAGAGGAGACAGAGAUAGAGAAGGGAAUAGAGGGAGGGAGGGAGAGACAGGACAGCAGCCCCACUGCUGAAUUUCUGACAACACACAGACAGCCCGAGGGACUGGACCUCCGAGUGGUUCCUGCACAGACUGGGGCGCGAUCCAAACCCCUUUCCCCGGGAGGAGGAAGGGGGCAGCCGGGGGGAUAUUUGGAAGGCGGUGGGACAAGUGGAAGUCAGCCUUUUGCAGCCCCGAGUGCACGCCGGCUCCUUUCCCGGGGAUCAGGAAGGCGCUGCUGCCGGUGAAGGAGAGGAGACAGGCACCAUGAGGGGUUUGGUCUUGCAGCUGUUGGCCCUCUCUACAUUGUGUGUGUCUCUCACCGAGGAACAGAGCAACAGACACAGAGUCCGCAAGCAUCGGUCUAUUCGGGGAGGCAUGUGUCGCUAUGGUCUUCGGACAGACUGCUGCUGGGGAUGGAAUCGUAGACCCUGGGGACAGUGCCAGCCUUUCAUCCCGUUAAUGCAGAGAAUAUGUCGAGUAACGUACCCUCUGAAAGCUGUGUGCCAACACGGAUGUAAACAUGGCGAGUGUGUGGGACCAAAUAGAUGCAAGUGCUACCCAGGGUACACAGGCAAAACCUGCAAUCAAGAUUUUAAUGAAUGUGGGAUGAAACCUCGCCCAUGCAAACAUCGAUGUAUGAAUACAUAUGGCAGCUACAAAUGCUACUGUCUGAAUGGCUACAUGCUCAUGUCCGAUGGAUCCUGUGCCAAUAUGCGGUCAUGUGCAAUGGCAAACUGCCAGUAUGGCUGCGAUGAGGUGAAAGGAGACAUUCGGUGUCGUUGUCCAUCACCGGGGCUGCAGCUUGGACCUGAUAGGAGGACCUGUGUGGAUGUCGAUGAGUGUGCCACAGGGAGUGUUGUGUGCCCAAGGUUUCGGAAAUGCAUCAAUACCUUUGGAAGUUACUACUGCAAAUGUCAUGAUGGUUUUGAACUGAGAUACUACAACGGCAAAUACCGCUGUCUAGAUGUUGACGAGUGUGCAAGGAGGACACAUAAAUGCAGUGCUUUCGCGACUUGUCAGAACACACCAGGCUUGUACAAGUGCAAAUGUAUAACCGGCUACAGGGGGAGCGGUUUCAGCUGCACACCUGACAGGAGGAUAAUCAAUGGAAAGUUGCCAUUUUUUCCAAUACCACCCAAAGACAAUAAAACUACGAAUAAUGUUGAUCUGGAGAUUACCACCCCGACAAUCGCUGUGAGGAAACCAAUCCCAGUGACCCCAGCUCGGAGAAUUAAUACCCCACCACUCAUCACCUUCAAGCCAGAGGUCAAAACAGAAAAUCCCACCCCUGCUGCAAAUGCAGACACCACCACAUCCUUGAUAACAACCUCGACUGUAGCCUCAACCACAACCUCAACUGUAGCCACAACCACAGCCACGACUAUAGCCUCAACCACAAGAUCAACUACAGCUGCGACUGUGGACAACAGGAUCCCGAAUGAGGUGCCCCGGCAAAGAGGAGAUGUUUUCAUUCCACGCCAGCCUGGAGGGAAUGGGGCAUUAUUUGGCCUUCUGGAUAUUGAGAAGGGGAUUACUGCAGAGGAGAAUGAUGCAAGGGAUGACCAAGACAUUUUGAUGAACAGCUGCAACUUUGACCAUGGAAUGUGUGGCUGGACCCAGGAGAAAGAAUCAGGAAUUCACUGGGAGCGAGUUCCUGCCCCUUCAGGUCGCAGCUGGUAUCUGACUCUCCUCAGUUCUAACGACAAACAGAGAGAAGUGGCUCAUCUUAUUUUUGUGUUGGGACAAGGGGCACAUCCAGGCAACCUCUGUCUAACGUUCAGGCACAAACUGUCUGGAGACUCUGUUGGUAAGAUCCAGGUCUUUGUGAAGAGGAAUGGCAGAUACGGGCAUGUCCUCUGGGAGAGGAACAGAGGGCACAGCUGGAGGACCAGUCGGUUCACAUUGAAAGGACCAGGUCUCGAGAGUAUCGUCUUCAAAGGAGUGCGCGAGAGGGAGAUAGGAGAAAUCAGCCUGGAUGAUAUCAACCUGCAGAAUGGCCACUGUUCUGGAAAAACUCUGCGACAGUGGUAAACCGAGGAGAGCCAUUUAUGGAAGAACUCCGUCUCAUUCCCCCAUGACCCGCCACCUGUGUGAGGGAUGGUCAUGAGGGGAGAGAUUAAAUAGCCGGUUGCCUUUCUCUUUGCUAAAGUUGCACAGAGGAGCCAAAUCUAGCCGGACAAAGCCCCCUGAGGGCACAAGAACUUCAAAUGAGCUCAGUGUUUCUAUUAAAGUUUACCCUGUAUGUGUCUGUGGUCCCUCAGUAAGAACGUGACUAUGAAAUCUCCAUUGUUGAAGAGGGGCUGAAUUGUACACCAUUUCUUUACGAAACAGCUAGUUAAUCAAGAUGUCACGACAUAACCCAGGAUAACAACGUGUGGCUUAGCUGGAUGUUAAUGUUUACCUGAAACCCGUGAAUCAGUUGAAUAUCUCGGUUCAAUCCUGCUGAAUGAAGAUUUCCCAAUUCCUAUGCCUCAGGCAUGAGGCUUCUCGAAUUACCUGAAUUUUGUGCCAUACCACUGCCACAACCACUGCCGUAUUUGAUUGACUACCCUUUUCAGGGAAGAGGGGGUGGAGAGAACCUCUUUAGAGUCUCACCAAGGAACAAUUAAAAUGACUCUCCCUCUUCUUUUCCCCUUUCCCAACACCAAUGACAAACAUCACAGGAAUCCUGUGGCUGCUCUCAGCUGUAAUGCUCUCGGUCUCAUUACAGGCAUGUAGCUAUGGGGAUUUCUGUUAAAUUACUCCCACUUACGUUUCAGCUGAAGCUAAAAAAGUAUCUCAAUCCCCACCUCCCCCUGCCCCCUCCAUUUCAAAAUACAUUUGCAACAACAGGAAAGCACUAUUGUCAGCGUUAGUGGGUGAGUUGAUCAUUUUACAGUUACACAUCCCACCUAGUCCUGAUAUUGUGUGGGCGGUUGAUUAAAGUCCCCAUAACCACCCAAAAAUGUACUGAAUGUCAAUGAAUUUCUAAUGUUUAAGGGCUGUCAUCUAACUCUAUUUAACAUUAAUUUUUUUUUCUGAUUGAGUAUUUACUGAAAUUAUCUGUAUUUGUCAAGGCACUCCAUGGUACUGUGUGUAACAUUGCAGGGAAGUAUUGUCUUGUGCUGUGUUUUUCUACAAGCUUUUGCAGGCAGCUAUUGAGAAGGUUUGUAGCAGUGCUUUAUAAGAUGGCAAUGCGAACAAAUCAGAAUGUGCAGCUUUUGUAAGGCCACAGAAUCAUUGCUACAAACCCAGAAAAUAAACAUUAAGCGCGCUUUUUAAAAAAGUUUCUGUCAUGCAAUAAGUUUUUAAACUGAUUUUUGUUCUAUCAAGGAGAAGCAUGAUAUAUUCAAAUCAUGAUAGCCCUUGUUCUAUAGUCAGGAUGCAGGAAACCGGUCCUGGAUGACUAGGUGGAGUCACUCAUUUUGAUUUUGUUUUAAUUUACAGUUUAACAAACCUCCCAUAAAGUUAUAUUACAGCAAAACUGCGACCUUGCCUCUUCUCCACACUCUCACCACUACUUAUAAUAGUGGCUUGAGAAUGGGAAUAUUCAAGUCAGUGUGGUCAUUCUGCGAAUGUGUUUGUUAGCCUUUUGUCUGUUUUUAGUAAGUUGUGUUAAACAAUACUCAUAACAGUGUUGAGUGACACUUAUUCAGAGGUCACUGAUUCUUUUGCCAUUAUACAAUGCUUGUAUUGUCUAGUAUCAAUGAUUAUUUCCUGCCUCAUAUUUUAUUAGUAAAUCAUUUGUCCUGAGUAUAUAGUCAUUCCCCCACUUAACUUGCUCGCCAUCAACUGAUCCACGAAAUAUGAUUGGCCAGAAUAUAAUGACAAUCUAUGAAUGUUCACCACAAACUGUUAGUGACUAGUAACGAUAAUUAGUACAAGCAGGAAUGGCAUUUCUUUACAAGCUGACAACCAAACCUUAUCUUUUGUUUUAAACUUGUCAUUACUUGAUAAAGUUAUUCUAGACACCAGAGGGAAAAAAAAAAGGUGCUGUUUUCAUAAUAAAACUGACUUGUGCAAAGAUGCCUGGUCUCAUCGUUGUAAGGGUGAUUCAGUAAUUACCUUCAGCAAUUGCUGAAUAGUUUGCCCAAACAACAGAUCCUUUGAGGAAUCUGGUUGCCUGCAUUACAUGGGGAAAUAAAACAUGGAAUAUUUCUA